CUAUUAUGUUAAAUCAAAUAUCACUAUAUCAGGAAGUGUAAUUGAAAAUUCAUGUAUUGUAACUAAACCGAAAGGCACCUAUGUAUCAUUUAACUCGACUUUGAAAGGGGUACAAUUUCCAUUUCCCUGACUUUAUGGGAUUAUCAGGAAACAUUUUUCAAAGAACCAUAUAUGAUAUUAAAUUCAAUAUGUGGUGGGCAGUUUAGAAAUUAUGUGUUAUGUAGGUCAUGAGAAAUAAACUUAAAAAAAAAAAAAAGAAAACAUUUCCUUUGAGGUUUUCACUGAUAGAUGAAACUGUGUACCCUUGUCUGUACCCUGAGUGAACAAUUUGAGGACUAGCUCUGAAUAGCAGCAGAUUUAUUAUUUUCUUAUUAUAUAUCAUACUUAGGAAAACAAAACGUACACAUAUACACAGAUAUAUUCACCCACAUCGAAGAUGCAAGAUGAAGAAAGAUACAUGACAUUGAAUUUACAAUGGAAAAAAAGGAGUUCUAUCGAAACAUCCCAACUUAAAUUUAAAGAUUCUUCUGUGAUGUUGCCUUGGUCUAAAAUCUUACUGGGGAUAUCUGGAACCAUAAAUGGUAUUCUGGUUUUGACUUUGAUUUCCCUGUGUUUACUGGUUUCUCAGGGAGUAUUGCAAAAAUGCCAAAAAGGAAAUAAUUCAAAUCUCACCCAACACGAUGACAUUGGAAACCCAAAAAUGAAUAAUGGCACAAGAGGAAAUAUAAGUAAUAAGGACACAAGCCACUGUGGCUCACAAGCUACCGACCAUACAGGAUUGUGCCCAUCAGAAUGGCUCAAAUAUCAUAAAAAGUGUUAUUGGUUCUCUAAUGAGAUGAAAAGUUGGAGUGACAGUUAUAGGUAUUGUUUGGGAAGAAAAUCUCAUCUACCAAUCAUUCAGGACCACAUUGAAAUGGCUUUUAUACAGAAAAACCUAAAACAAUCAAACUACGUGUGGAUUGGGCUCAACUUUACAUCCCUGGAAAAGGCAUGGACCUGGGUGGAUGGUUCUCCAUUAGAUUCAAAGACAUUUGUCAUAAAAGGACCAGCUAAAGAAAAUAGCUGUGCUGCUACCAAAGAAAACAAAAUUUACUCUGAAACUUGCAGCAGUGUUUUCAAAUGGAUUUGCCAAUAUUAGAAUUUAAAAAAAAAAUUAGUAGUGAACUAAUCAAUGAUGAAAGCUUUUGCCUAUUAGGUUCUAAUAUUAACCUUAAGGAGUGAGAAUUUAAAACUGAAAACAACAAAAUGUCUUCUCCAUUUUCUCUCCAUCGUCUACAUUGGUCCUAAUCUCAGAGUAACCCAUGUAAAUAAUCCAAAAUAUGCCCUUCCUAUUUUUUAUGUGAUAAUAUAAUCCAAUGUGAGUCCAUGGAUUUAUACUCUGGACUUUUAUUCAUUUUUCAUGUUAUAACAAAUGUGACCAAAUUUAUCUGCUUUUCUGUAUUUUGCUUGUUUAUGUGUAACGAUAUUCUGUGUUAAUUUCAUAUCAUUCUGAGUUUCAUUGUAGUAUGGAUUUAUAUAUUUUUUACUGCUUUGUUGAGCAUUAACUUCAUUCUCAGGUUUUUGCUACUGUAAGCUAUGUUGCAAUAAACAUUCUGAAUAUCUUUU